AUGGAUCUUACAAAAAUAAAAAAAAAAGUAGAAAAAGAAAAUGCAGACAGAAUAAAUAUAAUUGAUACUAAAUUUCGAACAUGCUUAUGCUUAUUCAAUAACUAUUCAAAAUGCUACAUUAAUAUUAAAAAAAAAUAUUUUAUGGACACAUGUAGAUAUGAUAAAAUAUAUGGAUUUGAAAAUAUAAAAAUAAAUGAAGAAAGAAUAAAUCAAAUAAAUAAAGAAAGCUGUCUCGAAUAUCCAUACCCUUAUAAAUAUGAAAAUAAUCGAAAUGUUUUUUUAAUUAUAAAUAGUAAAAAUGUUAACUCUACUAAUACUUGUAUAUAUAACAGUGAUAUUAUAUACAUCAUUUAUAAUAACAAAAAAUAUGAACAUAUAAAUAUACAAAAAAGGUCAAGUAAAAAAACCAAAUACACAAAAAAAAAAAAUGAACGUACUAGCCAUAUUCACAAUCAAAUUUUAGCUAGCCAAGACAAAUCAUCUAGCGAAUUUUCAAAUAACACAAAUAGCAUAUUUUCAAGCUCUGAAAAUAAUGAAGAAAAAGAAGAUGAUGAAAAUGAACAAAACCCAUUAUAUAAUAGUACUAUUUUUGAAACACGAAAUAUGAAUUUUUCUGAAACUGUGGAAAAAAAAUCAAAAAAAAAAAAAAUUAUAAGCUCAAAAAGUAAUAAAAGAAAUUUAAUCUAUUCAGAUAUCGAUUCAGAUAAUAAUUAUGAAAAUGUAUUUACACACAUAAAUUCAAAUUUAUAUUUUUUAAGUGUAUCAAAUAAUCAUAUAGAAAAUGAACAAAAUCUAUAUAUACAAAAUGAAAAAUAUAUAAAUAAUAAUGAUAUCAUAUUUAGAAAACUUAAAUUUACUAAAUCCCUAUUUAUUAAUUUAGAUACAUAUAAUUCAUGGAUCAUUAUAAAAAAAAGUAUCUUACUAAAUGAAUUUAUAAAUCGUUCUAAAAAAAAUGAUUUAGUAGAUAUUAAUGAUGUACUAUAUGAUAUUACAAAUUCAUAUAGAAAAAUAAAAAAUUGUCACACUAGAUUAUAUGUUAAUGAUGGUUUUCUAUUAAUUAAUAAUAAAACAAAAGAAAUAUUAGGAGUAAGGAAAAUAAAUAAUCCUACCUCUAAAAUAAAUUAUAAUUCAAAUGGCGACACAAAUUAUAAUACACAAAAACAUGGUCAUACAUAUAAUGAAGAAAUAAAUAAUGGUGAAAAAAAUAAAAUUAUGGAUGAAUCAGAAACUUAUAAAUUAGUAUUAAUUAAAAAAAUGAAUUUAAAUCAUUUAUUUUGUAUGUCUACAGAUAUAAAUAUAGUCUUUAAUUUUCAUGAUGUUUGUUUAAAAAGUUAUAAUAAAAUUGAUAUGGCUAACCAUUAUUUAUUAGCUAGCCACACACUAAAUAUUCAUAAUAUACGCCCAGAAUAUAAUAAAGAAAAUCCAACAAAUCUAGACCUAUCAAACCCUGAUUACACAUAUUUUAAUAAUUAUAUUACACAAAAAAUUGUAGAAAAUUAUAAUAGUUACAAUCUAUAUAUUAAAGAAUCAUUACUUAUUAUUGAUAUAUUAUACAUUUUAAAUAAUAGUUAUGGAAAUUUAAUAUACAUAAAGGAGUACUACAAAUAUGACCAUCAAAAUUAUUAUUCAGAUAUAGUAACAUUUUUUAAAAAUAAUAAAAACACAUUCAACGAUUCUCACACUAAUAAUACUCAAAAUAGUUUAGAAUCCCACAAAGACAUCAACGAAUAUGAUGAAAAAAAACAAAAAAAAAUACAAAAAUCAAAAAAAAAACAUAGUAAUACAUCAAUUUAUUCUAUAUCAUCUUAUAGUAACAGUGAUGAGGAGGAUGAAAAUUAUGACCCACCCUCUACCUCUUCCUAUUGUUCAAGUAAUAAAUAUAGCUAUUCAAAAAUGGAUAGUACAAAUAAAAAAAAGUUUCAAGACCUUAACAAUUACUUAGUAUAUAUUAUCCCUAAAUAUAAAAUUGUCAUCUACCCAAGUAUAUACAAUUCCAAAGAUCAAAAUAAUAGUAAUAUUAAAAUGGUAAAGGAAAUACUAAAAUUAGGAAUAUAUUUAAGAAGAAUUCAAAAAUUUAUAGAAAUAAAUAAACGAAGCCAAUCAUGUAAUGCUACAUUUGAAAUAUUUUCAUGUUGUCUAAAUAAUAUCACAUUACAUAUAAUUAAUCAUAUAAAUAGAAUUGAACAAAAUAUAAGAAAUAUUUAUAAUUUUACUAAAAUUAAUAUGCAAGGAAAAGAAGAAAUCGCUUUGUCCCUUUUUGAUGAAAAUCGAAUGUCUUUUUCUGCAAAUAAUGAACAACAAAAUUUAUUUUUUACUAUUAAUAGUUUAUUUAAUAAAAAUGUAAAAGAUUUUAAUCUAUUUUUUAAUAUUAAUAUAGAAAAAGCUGAUGAUAUCUCUUUAUACAAAAUUAAAUUAUGUAUAUUGCCGUUAAUGCAAAUAGCCAAAUUAUUAAAUAAAAUUAUUAACAAAAUAGCUAUAAAAAAAAAAUUUAAUGAUACAAAAUAUUUAAUCGAUUUAAUUUAUAAACUUCAAGAAUAUUUAAAUAAAGAUGAUAUUAAUAAAACAGUUUUAACAUAUAUACUUAAAAAUAUUACUAUCCCAUUAUUUGAUUUUAUCAAAAAUUAUAUAUUCCAUGGUAAAGUAAAAGACACAUUUAGAGAAUUUUUUAUUCAUGAAAAUAAACAUAUCACACCAUUCUAUAAACAAAAUAAUAAAAUAUAUUAUAUCAAUCAUAAUUUUUAUAAAUAUAUUUUUAAAAAAUAUAUUGAUUUGUCUACAAAUUAUUGGGGUGCUAAAUAUGUUAUAUUAAAUUCAAAAGUUCCUAAAUUUUUAAAAUCAAUUGCUAAUCAAAUAUUUAUUACUGGAAAAUAUAUAGACGUAUUACUAGCCUGUUCAACUAUACUUAAUUUUAAUACACCAUUAUUUUUUGAUUUAAAUUUUUCCUAUAAUAAUUGUAAUGACUCUUCUUGUUCCUACAUACCUGGUAAAUUACUUCUUCUCAACUAUGAAGACAAACCAAACACCUAUUCCUAUAAUAAAUCAAAACAAAAUAAUCAAGCUAAUACAUAUACAGGAAGUAUAAUCAAAUAUGAUCAAUCUCAAAAUAAAGUUACAGACGAAUUUUCCUCAAUAGAAUCAUAUAUAACUUAUAAAAAACAAAGAAAAACAAGUGCCACAGGAUUUAGUAUAAACCAUUCAGAAAAUCGAUUUAAAGAAGAACAUAAUUAUUAUGACAAUCAAAACAAAUUCAAUAAUCAAUUUUUAAUGGAACAAACAAAUAAUAAUGAAUGUUUUCUAUUAUAUGAUUCAGAACAAAAAACUUAUGAAGAACUUAUACAUAAUCAACAUUUAUAUGCAUCCAAAAAAAUGUUUGAAUUAUAUAUAAAAAAUAUUGAUAUAAAAGAAAAAAUACGACAUCAUUUCUUUUUUUAUUUCUUACAAAUUAGUGAUUAUUUAAAAUAUUUUUAUAUACUAUCACAUGACCAUUUAGAAAAGUUAUAUAACCAUAAAAAAAAUAAUGUACUAACUAAAAUCAAAAAUUUUUUUGAUAUAUCUUUAAGGUCAUCAGUUUUAGAUAAUUUAAAAUAUAGAAAAGAUUAUACUAUUCAUGUUUCCGAUAUUUUAAAUAUUACAGACAAUAUUAAUCUCAUUAUUGAUUUAAAAAAGUUCUGUAAGUUUAAUAAAUCAACUCGAAAUCAUAUUGGCUCUGGACAUACCCAUCGAAGAAGUAGUAAUAAUAUGGACGACAGUAGUGAUAAUAGUAAUAAUAAAAAAAAUAAACAUCAAUCAAAUAAUAAUUAUGAUAAUAAUUUCCAAUCACACACACAAAUAAAUGAACGAUCAAAAUCACCAAUUAAUAUUCAAACAAAUGUAAAUGUAGAAAUAUAUAAAGGUCUUAUUUUAUCUUAUCAUAAUAUAUUCCCAUAUAAUUUAAUAUUUAAUAAUAUAACUAUAUUUAAAUAUACUUUAAUAUUCCGUAUAUUAAAUUAUUGUAAAUAUAUUGAACAUAAGCUAACUGAAGUCUGGAUAAAUCAUAUGUUUAUUAAAAAUGUCGACAUGACUAAUGAGUGUAGAAAUAAUUUAAUGUUAUGUAUACAUACUAGAGAAUCUAUGAUACAUUUUAUCAAAUGCUAUAUUUAUCAUGUUCAGGAUGAUGUUAUAAAAUCAGAAUACAUGUCUAUGAAUGACAAAUUAAAAGAAACUUUUAUUUUUGACGAUAUUAUAUAUAUUCAUAAUAAUUAUUUAAAUAAUAUUUUUAAAUAUUCUUUUAUUAUUAAUCAAAAUAUUAUUAAUUCAAUUUUAAAAAUUAUUUCCAUUGCUCAUAUUUUUACUAGACAUAUAUUAAAAUUCAGUUUUAAUAAAAAUGACCCAGCUAGCGAUAUUACACGAUCUAGACCUGAACGUGUUCAGAAUAAUUCAAUCGAUAAAGAUUUAUCAAAUCAAAAAAAUUUUAAUACAAAUAAUAAAACAGAUAAAAAUAAUUAUCAAAAAAAAUUUAUAAAUGAACUAUUACGAGAUAAAGCAUAUAUAUCUAUGAUACAUAAUACAAUAAAACAUUAUGAUAAACAUUUUAAAAAUUUUUUCCUUCUUUUAACUGAAUAUGUAAAUAAUAAUAUUGAUGACUAUGCUCAUAAUUUUUUAAUCAAACUUGAUUAUAAUUUUUAUUACACAAAUAAAUAUAAACAAUCCUUUCAAACUAAUUCAUCGAAUUAUCAUACACAAAAUAAUGUAGAAUGGACACCUAAUCAAAGUCAAGAUCACCAUCAAUCAAAAAAUUAUUUAUUACAAAAUCAAGACCCUCUCUCUAUUAAUACUGCUAAUAAUGAAUAUACUGGAAAAAUCAAUUCCCCUGAUUAUCAUUAUGCAAAUAAUGCACAUUUACAUCGACAACAUAAAGACACAAAUAUUAGCGAACACCCUGAACAUGCUCGAAAUUAUAAUAACUACACAAAUAAUAACAAUAACAAUGACAAUAUUGAUUGGCCAGUUAUACCAGACAUCUCUCCAACCUCAAAUCAUAUGCCUAUGCACACAUCAAAUGAUAAUAUGUUCCCUAUGAUGCAUCAUUCCGGAAACAACUAUAAUGAAAACCAUUUAAAAUAUGAAAUUAACAGAAACAACUUUGCAAAUAUAAAUCGUGAUAACAACAAUACAUAUAACCAAAUUCCAAUACAACAAAAUAAUUAUAAUAAAUCAAAAUUAAUUGAUAAUAAUAUCUUAAAUGAAAAUAACUAUACUACAUUAUAUCCACAAAAUAAUCAACAAAAUAUUCCAAUAACCCAUGAUAAUUAUGAACAUGCAAUAAAUAAUUUAUCACCUAAUAACAUUAAUUAUGCAAAAUUGAAAAAGUAUACUCCAUAUAAUAAUAGCACUAAUCAACAAAUUAAUAAUAUAAAUGUAAGCAACAUAGAUUUGAACAGUAUUGAUAAUAGUAUGAAUAACAGCAGAAUGUUUAAUCUUUAG